AUGGCCGCCGGCGUCACCCAUCGUCCCCAACCUCUUCCGGUCGGCUGUUUGUUGCCGCAGGGCAUCCUCCAGCACCACCAACCCCCAAAACCUUGCUUUGCUGCCUGCGAGGGAAGCAAGACGUGCACUAUCCAGCCGUGCCCCCGGCACGACCGCAAGGCGUUUGAUGGAUUGCUCACAAGUUUUUGCACGGCCGUGGUGGAAGUGUUCGGCCCUGAGUACCUCAGAGAGCCAACUGUUGCUGAUACAGAGAGGUUGUUGGUGAUCAAUGCCGAGAGGGGCUUUCCGGACAUGCUUGGUAGUAAUUGUAUGUACUGGAAGUGGAAGAACUGUCCAUUUGCUUGGCAGGGGCAGUACAAGGGGCAUGUGAAAGGUGCCACUGUUAUACUUGAAGUUGUGUCUUCACAAGAUUAUCUCUGGAUAUGGCAUUCUUUCUUCGGCUUGGCUGGUUCUCAGAAUGAUAUUAGUGUUCUUCAGGGGUCUUCGGUGUUUGCAAGGCUUGCGGAAGGGCACUCCCCGGAAGUCAACUUUGAGGGCAAUGGCCACCAUUAUAACAAGGGAUAUUACCUAGCUGAUGGCAUCUAUCCUCAGUGGUCCACUCUUGUGAAGACCAUACCCAAUCCGCAAGGAGAGAAGAGACAGAGGUUUGCCCAAAUGCAGGAGAGUGCUAGGAAGGAUGUGAAGCGUGCUUUCGGUGUGCUUCAGUCUCGGUGGGGUAUCAUUCAUAACCCUGCAUUGACAUGGAGCAUAAAGAAGUUUUGGAAGGUGAUGACUGCUUGUGUGAUCAUGCACAACAUGCGUGGAGGAUGA